UCAGACUCAAUCUACGUACCAAGACCAGUAUCGUAUGGCCUCCAAGAUCCUGGUAUUCAUGCGCCGUUCUUCAUUUUCAACGAACCCCCUGCAUCAGCAGCCCAGGAUCUCGAAAAUCUCAACAACUUUUAUGUGCUGAACAACCUGCACGAGUUGCACUGCGUGCACAUGAUCCGCAUGAGAUACAACUCUCUGGUCUACGACGCAGAGAACACGCAACCCCUUGCCGAUACACCCAUCGACAGAGAUUGGAUCGACCACUUGGAACACUGCUUUGAGUAUCUUCGGCUGAGCAUUACGUGUGGCGAUUUCAUGACACUAGAGAGUGACUCGCCACCAGGAAGUCCAAGGGAGUACUGGGAGGAUGGGCUGAGUUGGGGCGUGGUGCACAGCUGCAUAGAUUGGGAUGGUUUGAUGGAAUUUCAGGAGCAUCAGGUUGCUCAAUACAACCAAACAUGGAAGGCUUAA